AUGCCUCCGCUUCGCGGCUACACCAUGGGCAUGAUCCGCCGCAGCCUCGCCUUCCCUUCUCGCGCCCGGAACAAAGCGGCGGGCGGCGGAGCCGAGGGGGGAGGGCGCCCCCUUGGCCCCCGCCUGCCGGUGCGCGGCCCAGGGACUGAAGGCGGAAGCGACCGCUCCGAACCAGCCGCGCCGGCACGCAGCCUGGCUUCGGGCGCAGCUGCCCUCCGGCCGGAAACUAAAUACCAGGUGCCCUCGGCUGCGCCUUGCCAUUCAGGUGGCCCCUCGGGUCGACGGCGCCGUCACCCGGACGGUGUUACUGGACGAGCGUUGGAUCCCGGAAUUCGGAGACUGGACCGCAGCCGGCGGGCGCCGGGAGUCGGCUGCGCGGAGGAGGGCGCACCCGGUAGGGCGCACCGCGCGGAGCGCGGAGCUGGGCGCACGGCGCCUUCAACACCAUGGACAGGUCGCACGAUCACAGCGCGCCGCCCGCCAGGCAGCCAGCCCCUGGGGCGUCAUGCUGGUCUUCCCAGCGCAGUCGUCUUCCUGGAGUGUCCACCUGGCCACCUCCAGACCGCUCCCGCGACGCCGCCGCCUCACUUCAUCUGGCUCUCGGGUAACCCCGGGAACGUGCUGACCAGCCCACCCAGGCCCGAGACGCCGGCUCACUCGGCAGCGUGCAGAGAAUCGCGUCCCGGCCUUGGAGUCCCACGCUCAGGCUCCCAGCGCGCGGUGGUCGCCGACGUGACGGGGGCGAGGGUGGGGGAGGGAGGCUGGGUCUCUCUGCUUCCCCGCCUCGCCUCCUCCUCCGGCCGCGGUGGCUCCGGGGCCUCGCGGGCUCGGCCGGUGCUGGGGAGCGAAGGCCCAGGCUGCGCCCGGGGGGCUCAGGAAGUCGCCUGGCCCGGGUGCGGGCGCCUGAGGAAGCCGCUGGCGCGCUCGCUCGCUCGCUCGGCGCCUGGCGCUGCAGCCUUGGCUAAAAACCCACAGACGAGCACACGGAGCGCGCAGCCAAAAGCUAGUGAUGUCAUCCGUGCAACCCCACUUUUAGGCGAACGGGAUGCCUGUUUUGACAAUAGGGAGGAGGCGGAGAGGUGAAAUGACGUCUGCAAGGUCACUCAGGAAAUUCAGGCAGAGCCAGCAUUAGAGUCUCAGCCUCCUGAUUCCCCUGAGACCAGCAGAAAGAGGUGCUCCUGAGACCCCUGGACGCAGCUGCCCGUUCGGAAUAAAUGCACCUGUUCACUCUGUCCUUAUCUUUCCUCCCUCUUCCAUUAUUCCACCCCUUUCUGCUUCUUGUUUCUAAAACUUAUUCUCCGGGCCUGCGCCUUAGGCCUGCUCCCGAGGGGAUGCCUUGCCCCUGCCCCCAUGGUCAUCCUCAGCAGGCCUGCAAGUCGGGCCCUGUCGGGGGAAGGACCCAACUGGCACACUGUCCUCCUCUUUUCUGAUCAUCAUUAAAAUUCUAUUUUGAAAUCUGUCCUUAAUGACCUCCCAAAAAGCCUAUGAAAGACAUUGA